GUACUAGUGGCGCGGCUAUUAGAUGCUACGAACGCUUCGUCGAGUGCGGGUAGUGGAGUUUACAUCGUGCUUUGGUCGCGCACGUUUGGGAGAGUUUACGUCCACAAUGGACGGCUUGGUACCUGUUGCACGGCUCGGCGCGGACCGGUUCCAGUCGCUCGUUUAUCGACGUUUGUCUUAAUAGGAAAAGUGAUCCGUAUUCGGGCGAGGAUGAACUGUCGCGAUCGUCAUUGUUGACGUUUCUCGUGGGGUGACAGUGGUGGCAGCCACCGCUGCCUUGUGUCACAAUUUUUGCGCGUAAACGGAACGCAGGAUUACGUUAGCCGCAACUGAGAUAAUGGGGAUCGUGCAGAGCCGUGCCGGCGAGGGCGAUGGCGUUGUGCGUGAAGUGUUCAUCGGUGGUGUCAAGGGCGGCGCGCCUCAUCAAUCCUGUCAACCUAGCCUCGGCAUGGGAAGUUUGGGUGGACCACACGCACGGAGUGGCAGCGUCCGUAGCGCGCCAAGGCAACCGAUGCCCGACGCCGUCGAGCUCGAGAGGCGCUUCACGAAAGUGCUGGCUUCAAUGGAUUUGCCGCCAGAUAAAGCAAAGCUUUUGAAGCAGUAUGACAACGAGAAGAAAUGGGACAUCAUAUGUGACCAAGAAAGAGUACAAGCAAAGGAUCCACCAUCCCAUUAUUUAGCAAAGUUACGCACCUACCUGGAUCCAAAAGCAUCGCGAAGCCAUCGAUCGUAUCGUUUCCUUACGUUCUUCCAGAAAAGAAAAAUAGUUGGGGAGUCAACGUCCACCCAAGUACUCCGGGAUUUGGAAAUCUCCUUACGCACGAAUCACAUAGAAUGGGUGAGGGAGUUCCUAGACGAGGAGAACCAAGGUUUGGACGCCCUUAUAGACUACCUCAGCUUCAGGUUACUCAUGAUGAGGCACGAGCAACGUCUUUUAGAAUCCCACGCGAGUUCCGAAGAAAAAUUGCAAACCGGUGGUCCUGGGGACACUUCGCCCUUAAACAACGGCUGCCUUAGGCCACCGCUCCACGAGCUCAAGGAUAGUCCUGGCGUUAAAAGGAGAUCACGGCACGUGGCGCGUCUGAAUAUGGGCGAAGCGAAAGAUGACAUUCACGUUUGCAUACUGUGCAUGCGUGCCAUCAUGAAUAACAAGUACGGCUUCAACAUGGUUAUACAGCAUCGAGAAGCAAUCAAUUGCAUCGCCCUUAGCUUAAUGCAUAAAAGUUUAAGAACGAAAGCGCUAGUGUUGGAACUUCUUGCUGCGAUCUGCCUCGUAAAGGGUGGCCAUGAGAUUAUUCUGUCCGCGUUUGACAACUUCAAGGUAGUGUGCACGGAAAGGCGAAGAUUUACAACGCUCAUGGCAUAUUUCACCCAGUACGACAGUUUUCACAUAGAGUUCAUGGUCGCCUGUAUGCAGUUCGUGAAUAUCGUCGUUCAUUCGGUGGAGGACAUGAAUUUCAGGGUACACCUGCAAUAUGAAUUUACCAAGCUUGGGUUGGACGAGUAUCUGGAGAAACUUAGGCAUACCGAGAGUGAGGAUUUGCAGGUUCAAAUCUCUGCGUAUCUAGAUAAUGUAUUCGAUGUAGCUGCCUUAAUGGAAGACAGCGAAACUAAGACUGCCGCAUUAGAAAAAGUAGCCGAAUUAGAAGACGAACUUGGUCACGCACAUGACAGAAUGGCAGAACUGGAGAGAGAAUCGCUCGCGAAAUUAGCGGAAUUAGAGACUGAACUAGGUGCAUUAAAAGUGGAAUAUAACGAUGCCGUGGACGCUCGUCGAUUGGCUGAGGAGGAACUUACAGCUCUAAAGAGACAGAAACAGGAUUCUGCUCGAAGGCAAAGUGUUUUAGAGAACAAAAUCAUUGAGUUAGAAACUCUUACGGGCACUCUCACCAAAGGUUCCACGGCGAAUCAUCGAAAUGGAUCUGCAACGAGCCCAAUGAGUAAUUCGGAUAACGUGACGUCUUCCACGUUUAAUUCUAUCCCAUCGCCAACAUUGGAACAGCCAUCGGUUCCAGCGGCUCCUGCACCACCUCCACCACCUCCACCUCCGUGUCCACCGCCACCUCCUAUGGCAUCUCUGUCACCCGGAGAUCAAAAAUUACCACCACCUGCACCUAUACCUCCACCACCUGCUGGCAUGAUGCAAGCACCGGAUGGAGCAAUGACGAUUAAACGAAAGGUUCAAACGAAGUACAAACUUCCCACGCUAAAUUGGAUCGCUUUAAAGCCUAACCAAGUCCGAGGCACCAUCUUCAAUGAGUUAGACGACGAUCGAUUACACAAUUACAUAGAUUUUUCCGAUUUCGAAGAACGAUUCAAGAUUGGUAUGGGUGGGCAUAUAGCUAAUGGUACUAACGAAAUCGACGGUCUUCAUAGUUUUCCAAGUAAAAGGUUCAAAAAACCAGAAAACGUAUCGCUUCUGGAGCACACUAGACUACGAAAUAUUGCUAUAUCACGAAGAAAAAUGGAAAUGCCAGUAGAGAAAGUAAUUUCGGCCGUAAACGCUCUUGACCUGAAAGUACUUUCACUGGAAAAUGUGGAAUUACUGCAACGUAUGGUGCCUACGGAUCAAGAGAUAAAAGCAUAUAGAGAGUAUAUAAUUGAAAAGAAGAAUGUCAACCUUCUAACGGAAGAAGAUAAAUUUUUAAUGCAGCUCGGUAAAGUGGAGAGGAUAUCAACGAAAUUGUCCAUCAUGAAUUAUAUCGGAAACUUUUUUGACAAUUUACAUCUUAUUACCCCGCAAAUACAUGCUGUGAUAUCUGCAUCGAGUUCGGUUAAGAGUUCAAAGAAGCUGAGAGCAGUAUUAGAGAUUAUCCUUGCCUUCGGGAACUAUCUGAAUAGCAGCAAACGAGGGCCAGCAUAUGGAUUUAAACUGCAGAGCUUGGAUACGUUGCUCGAUACAAAAUCGACGGAUAAGAGAAUGUGCCUCUUACACUAUAUAGUGGCAACCAUACGAGUCAAGUUUCCAGAACUUAUCAAUUUCGAAUCGGAACUUAUGUAUAUCGAUAAAGCUGCCACAGUCUCGUUAGAGAAUAUAACAACAGACGUUCACGAGUUAGAAAAAGGUAUGGAUCUUGUAAGGAAAGAAUUCGAACUUCGUGGUAAAGAAAAACAUAACACGGUACUGCGAGAUUUCUUAAAUAACUCCGAGGAGAAGUUACGUCGUCUGAAAUCUGAUGCCCGUACCGCUGGUGAAGCGUUCCGAGAAUGCGUCGAAUUUUUCGGCGAAAGCCCGAGACAAGCCGAUGCUAAUACAUUCUUCUCCCUUCUUGUUAGAUUCGCAAGGGCAUUUAAGGCUGCGGAUCAAGAAAAUGAACAGCGUCGUAGAUUGGAAGCUGCUGCUGCAGAGGCUUUGAACACCUCAGAGGAAGUGAUUAAACGAAAUAAAUUAAAUCAAAAGAAGCAACAGGACGCUGUGAUAAACGAGUUGAAGAACAAAACAAGAUUGGUUCAAGAGAAGAAGCUGUUGCAGCAAGAUGAGGUUUACAAUGGUGCUCUGGAGGACAUUCUUCUUGGGCUCAGGUCGGAACCCUAUCGACGAGCAGAUGCGGUUAGGCGUAGUCAACGCAGACGUAUCGAUAAUCACAGACUAUCUCGCACUGCCGAGGAAUUGGAGCUCUAAGUAGUUUUCAAAUUUAUUUUGAAAAAAAAAAAAAAAACAUGACAUUUUUCUAAGGGGGAAAUUUUAAUUAGACUUAUCUGUCGAUUCCAUGUCAGGUAACCCUUUCAUGUGCAGAAAAUGUUGUGUUCAUUGUGACAGUUACCCCUCUAUACCUCUAUUUGUGGAUAAACGAUAUAAUAAAUUAAUGGUAAACACUAAUAAUGGGAUCCAUCCUGGAUUGACAAAUUGUAACUAAAUAUUGUUAUAAACAAAUUGCUUGAUGACCAUAUUUAUUAUUUUUUCGAAAAUAUAAUACGUGUGCGUGACUUAAGAUUCACAAGGUGUUGUAGAGGGCUAAAAUGUAACAAAAUAAACAAACAGUGAAUUAUA